AUGCCUGAUGAGUUCCUUGCCAAGAACCCACCCCCGCUCUGGCUCACUCUCUACCACCAAGUCACGCGCCUCCCUGACACUCUGCGCUCAGUCAGGGACCACUUCCUAGCUCGCUGCCCCACCGAGCUCACCAUUGCCCUCCUCGAGAAGGAACUGCUUGCACCUGAGGCUAGCAUAGUCGCUGUAGGUGCCUCUCGCGGUGACCCCCGUACCCCGGUCUUUGAGGGGUGUUCUCCCCCCCCCCUUCUUCCCUCUGUCGCCUCUGCUGCUGCUGUCGACCUCCUUGGUGAUGAGAAGGUCGGGACUGCGUCUGCUUCGAGUGGGCGCCGCAGCGGCAAGGGCAAGGUGUGCAAGGGCGGUGGUGGUGACAGCGGGGGUGGCGGUGGUGGGGGAGGUGGUGGUAGCGGGGGGGGUGGCGCGGGUGGGGGAGGUGGCAGUAGUGGGGGGGGUGGCAGCAGCGACGGGGGAGGUGGCCGGGGCGGAGGAGGUGGUGGGGGUGGCGGUGGACGAGGCAGCGGCCGGGGUUGGGGUGGUCGAGGAGGUGGUAGCGGCGGUGGUGGUCGUGGAGGCGCUGGCGGUGGCCAGGGCCAGCAGCACACUCCGUCGCCCCACGAGCGUUGCUUCGCUCGUCUGAACGACGCUUGGCGUGUUCAGUUCCCUCAGGCCACUGAGCUGCCCCGCUGGCUUGAUCUCCUGAAGAAGGGGAUUGAUAUUUAUGCUCUAGACUUUGAUGCUAUUCUCACGGCCAUGUAUGUGAUGUCUACUAGUGGAGAGGGUGCUGAGUACCUGAGUGUCCCGCCCGACCCGGGCAUUAGGACUAGUGCGUCUGCCGCUCCAGGUACUCGCGUGUCCGCUACCCCAGGUGCUGGUGAGGCUGCUGCUCUAGGUGUGUGUACGUCUGCCCCCCCUAGUACUGUGUCGACUGCAGCACUGCACACCUUCGCACUGGAUUCGGGUGCCUCUCGCUGUUUCUUUCGUGACCGCACUGCCCUUGAGCCCCUUGCUCGGCCAGUUGCUGUCUCCCUCGCUGACCCCUCUGGGGGUCCGGUCCUUGCGACCUCCUCCACUGUCCUUCCCUGUCCUGCGGUCCCGUCGGGCACACUGUCAGGUCUCCACCUCCCCUCGUUCUCAACGAACUUGGUGGCAGGUUGUGCACUACAGGACGCGGGUGUUCACCGGUUCACCCCUGCCUACGAGCGUGUCACACACUGCACGUGUGCCCGUACAGGCCGCCACUUGGCUACCUUCACCCGGCAGCCGGGGUCGGAUCUGUACACAUUGACUACUGCCCCCCCUCAGGUCGCUGCGUCUGCGUCUGCGUCCGCGUCAGGUCAGCUGUCCGCCCCCUGCUCGUGUCGCUCUCUAGCGCACGAGACUGUCCUCUGGCACCACCGACUGGGCCACCCGUCUGUGCAGCGCCUUCGUGCCAUGCACUCCCGGUACCUUGUCUCUGGUCUUCCCAGGGUCCUCCCUCCCCUCCCACCCUCGCCUGCUCCUCCCUGUCUUCCCUGUGUUGAGGGGCGGCAGCGCGCCGCUCCUCACUCCUCCUCGUUUCCCCCGACGACUGCUCCUUUGCAGACGCUCCACAUGGACGUGUGGGGCCCAGCCCGCGUCCGUGGUCAGGGUCAGGGGAGGUACUUCCUGAUCGUUGUUGACGACUACUCGCGCUACACCACGAUCUUCCCCUUGCGAGCCAAGGGUGAGGUCCCUGAUGUUUUGAUCCCUUGGAUCCGCAGAGCUCGUCUCCAACUCAGCGAGCGUUUCCGCUCGGACUUUCAUGUCCUGCGCUUGCACUCUGACAGAGGUGGUGAGUUCUCCUCCGACCUCUUGGCAGCCUACUGUGCUGAGCACGGCAUUGAGCAGUCGUUCACGCUUCCGGCCUCUCCACAGCAGAAUGGGGUUGCGGAGCGCCGCAUUGGCCUGGUCAUGGAGGUCGCUCAUACCUCCUUGAUCCAUGCGGCUGCCCCCCACUUUCUGUGGCCGUUUGCGGUCCGGUACGCUGCGCAUCAGCUCAACCUCUUGGCCCGUGUCUCCUUGCCGGAGACCUCGCCCACACUGCUGUGGACGGGGGAGGUUGGUGAUGCGUCACGUUUCCGGGUCUGGGGAUCUCGAGCUUUUGUCCGCGAUUCGUCUACGGACAAGCUCUCCUCUCGUGGUGUUCCCUGCGUCUUCCUCGGCUUUGUUCCGGACGCGCCUGGUUGGCAGUUUUACCACGCCACCUCGCGCCGGGUCUUGCCCUCUCAGGACGUCACUUUUGACGAGUCUGUCCCCUACUACCGCCUCUUUCCCUACCGCACUGCCCCGCUCCCACCCCCGCCUCUCUUCCUCGCGCCAGGUGCUGCUGUCGUAGACCCCCUCCCCCCUCAGGGUGCCGCUCCCUCAGGUGUGUCUCAGGUAGACCCGGUCGAGCCUGUUGAGGGGUACUGA